AUGGCCGGCCCAUUCGAUCCAGAGCAGGCGCAGAACCUGGAUGAUAUGGAGAAGCAGUUCGCCGUCAAGGCCGUCGAACACCUCAUGACAUACUGGUCGAUCCUUGAGAAGGUCCCCGGCUCGCAGUUGCGCUUGACAAAGAUCGACGAUGAGAUCUAUGAACACUUCAAGCAAGAAUUCCCGGAAUUCGACCCGGCCGCGACAAUCAACGAGGAUACUAUGAAGAGCAAGGAGGGCAAGGAGAAGUGGCGCAAUUGGAUCAACCAGUACGAGAAGAAGAUCCACGAUUUCAACUUCGGGACGAUGCUUCGCGCGAACCCCAAGACUGAGUAUGAGAAGGAAAACACAAUUUUCGCAAUGCGCAUGCAGUUUUACGCCGUUGAGAUCUCGAGAAACCGUGCUGGUCUCAAUGACUGGGUGUACGAGCAGGCACAGGCACAGAAAAACGCCAGCUCAUAA